AUGGAAAAAAAGAAAAUUUUAAUGAAAUCCAGUGUUGCUGCCUCCAACCUCCUGAGAACAUUACAUUCUCUCUAUCAAUUUGGACAUUUUUGUGAUGUUACAAUAUACACAGACCAGCUGGAAAUCCAACAAGAAUUUUCCGUUCACAAAGCUGUUUUAGCAGCUUCUAGCAAUUACUUUAAAAGCCUUUUUCUCAAUAGUGAAAUGAAGAACGUCAAAAACUGCACAGUGAUCCUCCAGGAUAUUCAUGCUGAAGAAUUUGUCUCAUUCCUCAAAUUUGUUUACACUGCAGAGUUAGAAAUUGAAGUGGACAGACUGCACCAGAUCAAGGAAGUCGCUGAAAGAUUUGAAUGCAAGGAUCUGCUUGAAAUUUUUGAAGAAAUGAAGGCUGUAGAUGGAGACUUGGAACCACGUGUUCAUUUGAAAAAAAAUGAAAGUGUUAGAUUGCCUGGGAAGCGAACAGAACAUGGAGGAGAAAAAGUACAUGUUUUGGCUGCUGCACUGAUGAAGAAUCAUUUGGGGAAGAGAAUGAACCAUUCAAAACCAACCACCAAUUUUGAUGAUAUUAAAAAUAAACAUGUAAACCCUAAUGAAGAUAGGAUUGUGAGUUGCAAUUCCAAAGAUGAGUCAACAACGACAUCUGAGCGUACCAAUGAGACUGACUGUCCUUCAUUAAAUGAGGAGGACUUGAAAGAAGCCCACAUCGCUUUAGCAUUGCCUGACCAAAAGGAUGAAAGUAGCUUGACACUCUGUAAGGCCAAACUCAGAAAAUCAACCCGCAGUAUAUCAAAAGUCUUGCCAAGAGCAUAUGCCAGUGACAAGCAUAAUCAUUUAUUCCAUUUUGCUGAGCAGUACCAAUCACAUACUGAUCUGGAGCAUAGCACAAGCCUGGGAAUUAAGGAUAGCUGCAAUAUUUGUAGCCAACUCUUUCCCAAUUGCCACAGUCUAAGGCAACACAGGGUCACUGUCCACAGCCGAGAGCGCACUUUCCCUUGUUUGCUGUGUGACAAAAAGUUUCAGGACCAGAAGGAUAUCAGUGCUCAUAUCCGCAGGGUGCAUGAAAAGAAGCAGCAUCCGCAGCAGUGCCCCUACUGUGACAAAGUCAUCAGCUCCAGGUGCGGCCUGACAGUUCACAUACGAACCCACACUGGAGAGAAGCCUUAUAAAUGUCAGUGCUGUCCAGCCAGUUUUGCUCAGAGGUCAGCCUUUAAUACUCACGUAAGAAAGAUACAUGAAUCCAAGAAAGAUGAAAAAUGCAUGCCUGCUUACUGGACAAUAGUUCCACCAGCAGAAAAAGUAGAUGUGAUAGACAGUAGAAUCAAUAGGAAUAACAAAACACAACCCAAGGUGCCAAAUCAUGAUCUGCAAAGGGAAAUACUUGGCAAAGCUACUCAGGAUCCUGAGGAAGAACCUGGUAGAUCUCUUCCAGAGGAAGCACAACCUGACAAAAAAAACAAGAAGCUGGAACUAGGUACCAAAACUAAUACUAAAAAAGGGGACACUUGUAGGCAAUGGACUGUGGAUGUGAAAGGAAAUGGAGAAAGAGUUUGUGAAGCAGGCAUACACAGCAACAAAGACAAGGAGGCCUUCUCUUCAGAUGAUAAUCACAAUGAGGACUCAAAUGACCACGGUACAGAAGACUGCAAACAGGACGUAAAUUGCCAAGUUAACAAAAACAAGGCCAUCCCAACACCUGCUUACAUCAUAACUUGUACCAAAUGCACCGAGAAGUUUCCAUCACGGAGGAAAUAUGUCAUGCACUGCAAAGAAAUCCAUCACUCCUUGCCUGGGAAAGUAUAUCAGUGCGAUGUUUGCAGCAAAUCCUUUGCAAGUCACAACAGCUGGAAAGAGCACCGAGCCUGCGUUCACACAGAAGACCGGAAGUUUGCCUGCACCCUGUGCGAUGCCACUUUUAAAAGAAAGAGGGAUGUGAGGACUCACUCUGUGCGGAAGCAUGAGGGUCAAGCGAAGCGUCCCCUCUGCUCCGUCUGUGGGAAAAUUCUGAGCUCCAGAACGGCCCUUGUCUUCCACAUGAGGACCCACACAGGAGAGAAGCCAUAUCAGUGUGGCGUUUGCAGCUCAAGAUUUGCUCAGCCAUCACAGCUCAAGAUUCAUACCAGGUCGCACACAGGUGAAAAGCCAUACAUCUGUGAGGACUGUGGGGCGUCUUUUGCUGAUAAAGGCAAACUUAAUGGUCAUAAGAGGACACAUACAGGAGAACGCCUCUUCAGAUGUGAUGUAUGUGGGAAACAUUUUGCUACCAAUGAAUAUUUAAAAUGUCACAAGCGUUGUCACAUGGGAGCUAAGCCAUACAAGUGUGAUGUGUGUGGGAAAACCUUUGGAUUGAGAGCUUCAUUAGCCCAACAUAGUAAUGUUCAUGCAGAGACUCCUCCUUAUUUCUGUGAGCAGUGUGGAAAGACGUUUACUCAGCAAGGAGCCCUAAGACGUCACCAACGUAUUCACUCUGGAGAAAAGCCGUAUAAAUGCAGGGCUUGCGAGAGAACCUUCACAGAUAUGUCUACCCUGAGGAGGCAUGUAUUGGUCCAUGAUCGGAAUGCUCAUUGGAGAAGUUUCUUAAUAGAUCUUACUAUCAAAAAGGAUCAUAACUGGUCCAAAAUAGAGACUUUGCCUACUAUUUGUAUGCAAGAGAAUUCUACUACAGUUUGGUCCGAUUGCCAAGAAAAAUGCCACACAUCAGAAAACACAAAUGUAAAAAAAGUAGAACAGAUACCAAGCAGUACUAACGUGAAAGAAUCUGAACCUACCCUUAUGCAUUUAUAACUAUCAACAAUUAAAGU